CACCCAGUUAAUUUCGUCAACCUUACAGCUUCAUCAUCGCGUUUCUCUGCACCAUUCAAGUUAAGAAUCUAAUAUGCGACUUAGCACGCGCCUCGUCAUCGUGAUUGCUGGCUUGAGUGCCACAUCCACUGGGCUGUUGAUCCCAUUAGUAUCUUCAGGGCCCUUUGACAUUGGCUUGAACAUCAAAACUCUCACUGAUGAAUCCAGAUGGGAUCCAUACGCUCCAAUCGACAGCCCCCAGAAGCGCCGUGUUCUGAUCUCGGCUUUUACGCCCAUCGAUACCCAGUACAAAUCUUGCCCGCAUGGAGAGGUCAACGUUCCAUAUAUGCCUCCCAAAACUCGAGACGCAUUUGGACGACAGGCUGAAGCCAUGGGUCUGCCAUCUGGAGUUUUCGAGGACUUGCAGCUGAAGCUUUGUCGACUCCCUGAUGUGAGCCGAAUAGAGAAAGAGGCUCAGAAGAAUAAAACCAGACUUCCAGUCGUCAUAUUCUCCCCGGGUCGUGGUGUAUCAAGACUCAUGUACAGUACCAUGGCAAGGUCCGUAGCCAGUCACGGCUACGUCGUGAUCACAGUUGAUCAUGCUUACGACGCUUCGAUCAUCGAGUAUCCAGAUGGUACUGCCAUCACUGGCGUCGUUGGUGAAGCGAACCAGACCGUUCUGGAAACAUCAGCGAAGGUUCGAUCGCAAGACAUUUCAUUCAUUAUCAAUCAAAUCAAAGACAAUGUCACAGCAAGAGAGCAGUUUGGCUUAUCCGAAACAGGUAGCAUCUUUGUCUUUGGUCACUCAAUUGGGGGAGCCACUGCCGUGUCGACAUUAUUCAGCGACAAUCGAAUCAAGGGCGUAAUAAAUCUUGACGGCGACAUGCUUGGCCCUGUCGUCAAAACCGGUCUUGCCAAACCCCUCUUUCUCAUGGGAAGGCCUCAUUCUCGCGAACAGGGUCCGUCGUGGAACGAAACUUGGAACAACCACCGUGGACCAGGCAUGAUGCUGCAGAUUGACGGCAUAACGCAUCAGUCGUUCUUGGAUGCGCCAUUGCUUGUUAGUUUGAGGGAUGUUCCUGAGGACUCGAAAGCCAAGGUGCAAGCUGCCUUGGGGACAAUUGAUGGCAGGAGAAUGGCAUCUCUUGUAGUUCAACUGACCGCUGCCAUUCUUGAGUACGUAUUUGACGGUGCCGAGGACCGAUUAUGUCGUGUGGUUGGGGGCCAAUCGGAAGUGACGGUUCUGGAGAUCAAGGGAAUCAAUUGUUCAUGAGCACUCUCAGUUCUGCUGGACGAGGAGAUCAAAUUACGACCAACUGAACAUGAAGAUUUAUUCAAGAACCUGAUUAAACUCCC